GGGGAGAGAGAGGGAGGAUGAGAGGGCGAGCCUGUGCUUGCCAAGCUAGUGGCCCCUCCUGUGGACUGGCUGGCCUCUUACCUGCACAGACCUUUGUGACACCCUCCUCAGCAACACCUGCACGAAGCUUCGCAAGCAGCCAGAGUGGGGAGCCCCAAGCAAACCGACGUGUCUGCAGAACUUGUCCAGCCCUCCCCAGGACGCCGACUGGACUCUCAGAAUCAGGUCUUCCUCAUCUGCCAAGGUGUGUCCUUCCCUGGCCUCUUUUUGGCAAUGAAAUGCAGUCGCCCGGCUCUGCUCUGCACCUGUCUCUCUGUUUCGGGGGAGACUUUUGUCAGCAAACCAGCGUCUACUAGCUAGGCUGGUGUUCGGCAUUCUUUGAAUGGCCUGUCUUCUUCUGUGGUCGCAGGUGCAGCGCCGAGGGGGCCUGUGCGGAAUCCAGCCGGAGCUCUGCCGUGUCAGCAACGUGCGGCCCUGCUGGGUAGGCAGUUGCAGUUCAACCCACAGCAAAGCCCUGGCCCAGCCACUUCCCCAUCAGCAGCCAGGCCCACCUCUGAAGCCAUGGGCCUCGCCCACCCUGCGCUCCAGCCCAUGACAAAGCUUGGCCUGUUGUGGCUCCUUCUGAUCCCAGCAGUGCUGGCACGGCGAGCCCCCCACGCCCAAGCCGAGGAUCGCCUCUUCAAACACCUCUUCAGGGGCUACAACCGCUGGGCACGACCGGUGCCCAACACCUCAGAUGUGGUCAUCGUGCGCUUCGGGCUGUCCAUCGCCCAGCUCAUCGACGUGGACGAGAAGAACCAAAUGAUGACCACCAAUGUCUGGCUAAAGCAGGAGUGGAGUGACCACAAGCUGCGCUGGAACCCCUCCGAGUUUGGCAACAUCACAUCCCUCCGAGUCCCUUCAGAGAUGAUCUGGAUCCCCGACAUUGUCCUCUACAACAAUGCAGAUGGGGAGUUCGUGGUGAACCACAUGACCAAGGCCCUCGUCUUCUCCACGGGCACCGUGCACUGGGUGCCCCCGGCCAUCUACAAGAGCUCCUGCAGCAUCGACGUCACCUUCUUCCCCUUUGACCAGCAGAACUGCAAGAUGAAGUUCGGCUCCUGGACGUACGACAAGACGAAGUUCGACCUGGAGCCGAUGGAGCAGACGGUGGACCUGAAGGACUACUGGGAGAGUGGCGAGUGGGCCAUUGUCAACGCCACGGGCACCUACAACAGCAAGAAGUAUGACUGCUGCGCGGAGAUCUACCCUGACGUCACCUACUACUUUGUCAUCCGGCGCCUGCCCCUCUUCUACACCAUCAACCUCAUCAUCCCCUGCCUGCUCAUCUCCUGCCUGACCGUGCUCGUCUUCUACCUGCCCUCCGACUGCGGGGAGAAGAUCACCCUGUGCAUUUCCGUGCUGCUCUCGCUCACCGUCUUCCUCCUGCUCAUCACCGAGAUCAUCCCGUCCACCUCCCUGGUCAUCCCGCUCAUCGGAGAGUACCUGCUCUUCACCAUGAUCUUCGUCACUCUGUCCAUUGUCAUCACGGUCUUCGUCCUCAAUGUCCACCACCGCUCCCCCAGCACCCACAACAUGCCCUCCUGGGUGCGGGUGGCCUUUCUCAGCUGCGUGCCACGGUGGCUUCUGAUGAAACGGCCUCUGCUGCCCUUGGAUCUCCACGGCCCCCCAGAUCUGCAGCUCAGCCCCUCCCAUCACUGGCUAGAGACCAACCUGGAUGUGCAAGAGAGGGAGGAGGAAGAGGAGGAAGAGGAAGAGAGGUGGGUGUCAUCCCCCUCCAUGCGUGUCCUCCAUGGCCACGCUGAUCUGCACCAAGGGGCCUUGGGCCCCCAGGGGGAGGCCCGGCUGCAGAAGGGAGGGCUCCUGCUGUCGCUUCGCAUGCAGAAGGCACUGGACGGCGUGCACUAUAUCGCUGAUCACCUGCGGUCUGAGGAUGCCGACUCUUCGGUGAAGGAAGACUGGAAGUAUGUGGCCAUGGUGAUUGACAGGAUAUUCCUCUGGCUGUUUAUCAUCGUCUGCUUCCUGGGGACCGUGGGACUCUUCCUUCCCCCGUUCCUGGCCGGAAUGAUCUGAUUUCACAGCCCUGGCUUUGGCCCAAAGGUGGCACUGCUGAUCAUCCUUGCUGCUGCCUCCACAUCCCACCUUUGGGGUCAGUACCAUGUGACCGCAGGUGCCCCACCCUGGAGUCCCUACACUGGCCCGGUCCUCGCAGACUUCCUGACCCCGCUCACUUAGCAGUGCUGUGCUCUCGCUGAGCCUGCACUGGGCGCAGAGCCCGGCUUUGGGUGCUGAGGAGCAGGAAAGGGAGGAACUUGCUCUGCAGAAGGUUACGAUGAGGUGGUGACACUGUGGAGCAUAUGAGAUGCUCCUGAAGGAGAUAUACAGACACUGGGUGACAGGAGUGUCACUCGGGGGAGCAGAAGGCAGGGGCGAGGCCAGGUGAAGGGGAACACAACACCGGCCUCAAAGAAAGGGUGUGGGGGAGAGGGGAGAGGGUGCCACAAGGGGCAGGAGGACUAUGAGUGAUGUUUUGGAUUCAGGAAUGAGCCCGAAGUGUUAGAACAGCCAGGCCAAGGUGGAGCUCUGGUGCGGGGAGCACUGGCUGGCAGGUGGGGUGUCUUUGAAUGAGGUGGAGAAAGAAGUUCAGAGUCUGAGACCACGAAUCUAAGGGCAGAGUGGGAAAGGCUUUCGGGGAGGGGAGGAGGGGGAGGCAGGCUACGGGUGGGGCAGAACUGCAGGGCAGACCCUCAGGCAGAAGGAGGAGGGUUAGCACCUCUUGCCCCCCGCUGCAAACUGGCUCAGCAGCAGCCUACCCGCAGAGGCCUGGCAGCAUUGAGCGUCCCUGCUACGGGCAUACCCUCUGCCCUUCAACUCCUGUGGACAAACCAGAAGGUCAGCCUGAGCCACUCUUGAUCCAGCGUGCUCCCUCCCCGCCUCCCUUCCCGGGACUAGUGGUGGUUGGCACUCGGGAGUGAGUGGUCCACUUUGGACCUCAAGACUGCUGUGUAGGUGCCAACACUGCAGGACCCAGGACCACUCCCCUUCCCAGCCUGCCCGGCCUGUCCUUCCCAAGGCCCCAUGGUGUGCCUGAGCUGCCCGUGCGGUCUGUGUUCGAACCUUGGAAUGCAGCCAUCGAUGGCCGUCAGUUGCAGCGGGAGCCCAGAGGAGUUCCAGCCAGGGAAUCAGGCCUCACCCCUGCCCCAGCUAGUCCCGCUUCCUCAGGGUGGAACCCCAGCAGCUAAAAGAUGUGGACACUGGGUUCUUGGGUCAGCGUGGGGACCCCAGACAGGACGCUGAUCAGGACAAGCUUCCAAUUCCCCUUCGAUCUUUGGGGUCCUCUCCUUCCAAACUCCCAGGCCCAGCCUCUGCUCCUUGGUUCUCUCCCAAGACCCCCGACUCAGUGGCCCAUUCUGGUUUCUGGCCCCUCCCUGUUUCUGUGCACGUGGUCCCCAGCCUCCCUCCUCCCUCCUGGACCGACCAGCCCGGGUCUCCUGGUGCACUGAUGCCCCCUUAUGUCAGUCCGUCUCCCCUCUAUCUUGCAAGUUUGUAGAGAAAUCAAAUAAAAUCGAGGCCGCCAUUCA